AUGCCGCUCAUGCCGGGGUCUCCCCGACCGGGGACGCCCGUGGCGCACGAAGAAGACACGGGCGUCUACCGCUCCCUCUUCCAGCAGCCGUUCGUCGACGUGCCGCCCGCAGCGCCUUCGUAUGCCUGGUUCGAGUUCCUGCUGCACCCCGAAGCGCUGCAGAACCACCUGACGACGCUCCGCCAGCAGCAAAAGUGCGACGCGCAUGGCGCCACGUCGGCCAUUGAACUCGUGCGCGAGUUCCUCGAGCAGGCCCAGCUCGUGGCCGACGAGGGCAACGUGCGCAACAAGCGCUACCGCGCACUGCUGCUGGUGGCGGCCCAAGUGGCGCUCGAGAUGCACCUCACGCUGUCGGCGAUCGAGCAGGCGCUGCCUUUGCACUUCCAGCGACUGCUGUUGGACGGCAUUGUGGACUUUGCCGAGCAGCCGGUAAGCAGCCGCAACGCGUUGGCACGCGACAUUGUCCUGCAGCCCCACGAAGCGCAUGUGCUGCACAACCGGUGGACGCUACGAGCGCUCGUGAAGCAGUCGCAGAACGGGUAUUUGACCUGUAGCAGCCGCAGCGAGGGCGAGGAGGUCUUGACGACGUACCACAUGGCGCUGGGCGACCUCACGCCGAACCACUUGCAGAUUGCGCAGAACAUUCAGGCGAUUCUAAUGGGGCAGCACGAAAAGCACGCGCAGCUCUCGGCACAGCGUCAAGCCGAAACGUACUUUGACUUGGGCGUGUACUUUUUCAGCUUCAACGGGUACGAAAAGGCAUACAGCUGCUUUAGUCGCGCGUCCGAGCUGGUCGAGGAGGACGGCGACGGUGACGCGACAAAGGACAAGAGCGAUGACGCGCAACUGUCGGUAAAUGAUCGAGCGACGCUGGAAGGAUAUUUGACUGCGUGCGAAGCUAUGCUGGAAGUGCAGUCUGCAAACGAGAGUCCUGCCCUGUUGAAAACAACAAAGAUGCAGAUUGAAAUGGCGUGGGAUGCUCGAGAGUGGGACAAGGUGAUCGAGCUUCUCGAACGAGAUAUGGUGGCCACGGAGCUGACGAGGUUGCCACAAGGGUAUCGAGCUGCACUGGAGCUACAAGCGCUUCGUUUGCUACGAUCGAGCUGUCAUGCAUCGGCGGACGAAGGGUCGCACGUGGCUGCUUCGACUAUGAGAUUUUUUUACAAACGGAUUGUGAUGGAAAAUGCCGUCAAGGAGCUCUUACUCGAAGGCGACGUCGAAGAAACCAUGUCGCUAGAGACGUGCGUGUGCGUGUGCGUGCGUCUGCUUACCGACGAGGUGUUUUGCUCGACACGACAUGUCACUAGAAGUAGCGAUGACGAGCCCACGAAAUGCUUUGAAGCGCUAGCUCGCUUCAUGCUGACGCUGAGUAGCUUUGCAUUUGUGAAAAGCCCAAAUACUAGCGCCAGAGAACGAAUCAAGCAAUUCAUGAUUCAAGUGAUUCGCCACGUUCCCUGCAUGGUGAGCAUCGAAGGUGCGCCAGAGCUUCUUCAACGCUGUGAAAUUCGUGAUGGUGCUGAAAACAAAGACUUUGCGCCUGUGUUGGAGAGUGUGGAGGGUGCGGUGGCGGUAGAAAGACGCGUGCAAGGUGCAGUGGCUGUGCAGAGGGAGCACUUUCGCAUGAGAGCAGACGUUGGCAGCAUGUUUGUGUUCUCCAGUGCGAAAAAGAAGGAUGCGUUUGUCACUGCUCUGCACGACGAAGUUGCGGUCAUGUCCGCGGCCGACAGCAGUGCGCACGAAAAGCAGCUGAUGAGCGUCAAGGACAACGAUGAACGCAGCAUGUCGUAUCGGAAUUUGAUUACUUUUUGUGCAUCCAACAGUUGCUGGAAACUGCUGUCUCUGUGCAAAGAUUCGACGUUUGUCUCGUCGCUGUUGCGCUUCGAGCUGGACUUUGUGGUAAUGUGCGGCGCACUGGCCGAGUGUGUAUCGUCGCUAGCGUCGUCGGCUGGUGCACCCAGUGCCAAAAUCUCGAGUACUGGUGCUGAUGUAUCUGUUGCACCAGGGACCCAAAGCGAUGAGUUUUCCAUCGCGACGAGCAUCAAGCUCGUGACAAAGAUCUUGCUGAAGUGUCGUGAAUGGGCGGAUGCGGUUCAUGUAAGCUUCGGUGAUGGUUCUGGCGACGAAAAUCGGAUCAAAGUGGACGUAACACAGACGUUGAUGUAUCUUCCUUUGUGGAUCGUGGAGACGCUUGUGUGCGUUUCCGCUGGGCUACUGCACCGCGCAUCCAUGCAUAAUGUGUGUGGAUACCGUGUAUCGUUCGAUCUCACUCCGUACGGGGACGUCGCAUUCCUGGAAGCCUUCGCACCCGAAACGCCGUCUACGUCGUUUUCUGGGUCAGGACCAUCUGGCUCAACGGUCUCUUUGUUGAAAAACUUCCAGGGAGAUUUAGUUCGGCUGCACUCGGCAGCCCUCGAGAGCUUGGUGUGCCGUUGUGGUCGCGAGCCGAGGUGGCAUUGCGCCAAAGCUGAUAUACUCCUGAAUCCUUUGUCGAAACAACGGUCCUCUUCGGCUUCUGAUCCGCGCGGCGCCUUGAACGGCUACUUGAUGGCGGCCUCGCUGGCAACGAACUUUUUCUCCGAUAUGGUCUCUGUGGUGGACAUCAUAGAUCGGAGCUCGCUUGUCCGCUUGAGCCAAUGCCUCGUAAAAGUUGGUGCGCACGUUGCAGCUGCCGUGUUGUAUCAGUGUUUGAUGCCUGAGGAAUUCAAGUACGGCCUUCGUAUCUUGCGUCUGGCUCCUGAAUCGCAUGGCGAAGGAUUCUUUCAGUACUUCUGGGAGCUGCCGUUCCUGGAGCUGCUGGUGGAUCUUCACUCGAGUCCGAAGUAUCUCAAUGAUAGAUACGUGAUGCUGUUGACAAACCUCAUCCAGUCGCCCGAGCUGAAUAGUUCAAACCCCUCAUCAGUCGUCAAGGACGUCGAGCGUCGCAUUCUUCGCUGCUACUUCCGCGACUUGUGCCGACUGUAUCUCAGCAACUAA